AUGAUAUAUUUAUUAUUGUUUUUAUUUUUUAUAUUAUUAAGAAAAAGUGAAAUACAGUCAAAAAAAAGCUUUAAGAAAUUGAACAUUUUAAACUUUAUACCUUUUCCUAACAAAAAUUUGAUAACCAAAAGAAUUGAAAAAGAAAUAUUAAAUUCAAGUUUAAAAAAAAAUGAGGAUAAUAUAAUUAUUUGCAAAGAAAAAAGAAAUAUAUCCAAUUUAUCUAAUAUUUCAAAAAGUAGUAAAGAGAUAAAAAAAAAAUCCGUAUUAAAUAAUUUAGAAAAUUAUGGAUGUGAAAAUGGAAUGAAAAAUUUUAAAAAUGAUAAGCAAGAUAUAGUAAAACAAGAUGAAAAUAUUAUAAGCGAAAAUAAUAACGUAAUAGGAAAAAAAAAAAAAAAAAAAAAAAGUUAUAAAAAAGUUCAAAAUAUUAUGCCCACUAAUGAUAUUAAAGACCUAAAAAAAGAUAUAAAAUUAUUUUUUUUUAAAAAAAGAAUAAUAUAUAUAACUGAUGAAAUAAAUAAGAAAACAGCUGAUGAAAUAAUUAGUCAGCUAUUAUAUUUAGAUAAUUUAAAUCAUGAUGAUAUUAAAAUAUAUAUUAAUUCACCAGGAGGAUCAAUAAAUGAAGGAUUAGCUAUUUUGGAUAUUUUUAAUUAUAUAAAAUCAGAUAUUCAAACAAUAUCUUUUGGUUUAGUUGCAUCAAUGGCAUCUGUAAUUUUGGCUAGUGGUAAAAAAGGAAAAAGAAAAUCUUUACCUAAUUGUAGAAUUAUGAUUCAUCAACCUUUAGGAAAUGCAUUUGGGCAUCCACACGAUAUUGAAAUACAAACAAAAGAAAUUCUUUAUCUUAAAAGUCUUUUAUAUAACUAUUUGUCUAGAUUUACUAAUCAAUCUAUUGAAACAAUAGAAAAGCAUUCAGACAGAGAUUUUUACAUGAAUGCAUUAGAAGCUAAAAACUAUGGAAUUAUAGAUGAGAUAAUAGAAACAAAAUUGCCUCAUCCUUAUUUUAAUGAAAUUUAA